ACUUGCAAUCUUUCUAAUAUCAUCCAAACCUUCAUUUAACAAAACCAAAAGAUGAUGAAAAAGCAAUGUGUUUUGUCUUUCUCAGUAGCACUGUUAGUUUCAUUUUUGUAUUCCACCACCACUUUAGCCCAAUUAUCACCAGCUUCUGCCCCUCUCAAACCAUCACAACCUACACCUACCCCACCAGCUGAAGCUCCUAAACAGCCAUUGGUUCCCUCAUUGCCACAGUCACCAAGUGAUUCCACUCCUGACACUUCAGCAGUUGACAUUGUUGGAAUCCUGAGGCAGGCUAAGUCAUUCAACAUCCUAAUCAGACUCAUGAAAACCACCCAAUUGAUCAACCAACUCAAUGCACAACUCCUCACUACUAAAUCAGGUGGCAUCACCAUUCUUGCACCUGAUGACAGUUCCUUCUCCGAACUCAAACCAGGCUUCCUCAACUCUCUUUCUGAUGGCCAAAAGCUCGAGCUCUUACAGUUCCAUGUUCUUUCAGAGUAUGUGUCUAGCUCCAACUUUGAUACCCUGACCAACCCUGUGAGAACCCUUGCAGGGGCUAAACCUGGAAAGGUGGAACUGAAUGUGAUAAGUUACGGAGGGAGUGUGAACAUCUCAACGGGUGAGGUUAACACCACCAUCACUGGCAUUGUAUACACAGAUAAGCAUCUUGCUAUUUACAAGGUGGGGAAGGUGCUUCUUCCUAUGGACUUCUUCACUGUUGCUAAAGCACCUGCAAAGGCUCCCUCGUUGGCUCCAGAACCUUCAACUGACGCAUCAAAGGCGCCUAAAGCUGAUAAAGAUGACUCAUCUUCUUCAGAUUCCUCACACGUUAAUCCCACCGAACAAAACUCCGGCACCAGCAAGAUCAGCGUGUACGGAAAGUUAGUGCAACUAGGACUAGGGCUUGCACUUGUGGCUACCACCAUGUAAACUUGAUGGGGACAGGUGGAGUUUUUGGUUCUUUAAAACACGCAUGUUCCUUUUAUGUAUGUUUCUAUUUUGUUUCCGACUAUGUGUUAGCAUAUGUAAACGGUUUGCAUGAUUGUCUCUUUUAUCAUAAAAUAUAUAGAGAUACGUACAACGUAUAACAAAGUGCAA